CCUCAGAGAGAGUGACUACAUGUUUCGUCCAUCAAGCUUUCAAGGAAAUUGGGAAUUGCAUUUUACAGGCUUUGCGUACGUCACUUUUGACACGACACGACCCUUUAAGUUGAAUCUGCUUUUUUCUACAGUAGGCUAGCUGUGCAGGAGUGGUCAGAGCCAAAAUCAGCUAUUCAGAUCGGAUUUCACCCAAACCAGCUGGGAGAGAGAGCAUUUGUCAUUUUGAUUCCCUCCCCGAUCCAGGAAAGCUUAGGCUACCAGGGAGAGAGAAAAGAGAGAGAGUGGGUGAGAAAGGAGGAGAGAGACGGGGGGGUUCCAAAGGAAUUUCCAAGGAUAUUUAUUCUGUUGCCGUAAGAAAAGUGUUGGUCAGUUGGGGGCGAGGCAGAGACCGCGGUCAAGGAUGGACGAGCAGCCUCGGUUGAUGCACUCCCACGGCGUAGGCAUGGCCGGACACCCCGGCCUGGCACAGCAUAUGCAGGAUGGCACGGGAGGGACGGACGGAGAUGGAAGAAAGCAGGACAUUGGAGACAUAUUACAGCAAAUAAUGACCAUCACAGACCAAAGCCUGGACGAAGCGCAGGCCAGGAAACAUGCCCUGAACUGUCACAGGAUGAAACCGGCUCUCUUCAACAUCUUGUGUGAUAUAAAAGAGAAAACGGUGCUCAGUAUCCGUGGUUCCCAGGAGGAGGAGCCUCCAGAUGCCCAACUCAUGCGAUUGGACAACAUGCUUCUGGCGGAAGGCGUUUCCGGACCGGAGAAAGGGGGCGGGUCUGCGGUGGCGGCGGCUGCAGCAGCAGCUGCAGCGGGAGGAGGAGUGGGCUCGGACACAAACUCGGCAGAACACUCAGACUACCGGGCCAAGCUUACUCAGAUCCGCGGGAUCUACCACACAGAGCUGGAGAAGUAUGAACAGGCAUGUAAUGAGUUUACCACCCAUGUGAUGAACCUGCUGAGGGAGCAGAGUCGCACACGGCCCAUCUCGCCCAAAGAGAUAGAACGCAUGGUGGGGAUCAUCCACCGCAAGUUCAGCUCCAUCCAGAUGCAGCUCAAACAGAGCACCUGUGAGGCCGUCAUGAUCCUGCGCUCCCGCUUCCUCGAUGCCAGACGAAAGAGGAGGAACUUCAACAAGCAGGCAACAGAGAUCCUAAAUGAGUAUUUCUACUCCCACUUGUCCAACCCCUAUCCCAGUGAGGAGGCCAAGGAAGAGCUGGCCAAGAAGUGCUCCAUCACAAUGUCACAGGUAUCGAACUGGUUUGGAAACAAGAGAAUCCGAUACAAGAAAAACAUUGGCAAGUUCCAAGAGGAAGCAAACAUGUACGCCGCGAAGACAGCCGUUAGUGCAACCAGUGUAUCAGCCCAUGGCAGCCAGGCCAACUCCCCCUCCACCCCCAACUCUGCAGGUGGAUACUCUUCGCCAUGUUAUCAGCCAGACAGGAGGAUACAGUGACAGCAUCGCCGCCAGCCAGAUGUACAGUCCACAGGGCAAUACAAACGGUGGCUGGCAGGAUGCUCCGACCCCCUCGUCAGUGAACUCGCUCACAGAAGGACCCGGAAGUGUUCACUCGGAUACCUCCAACUGAUUAUUUUACCCUCCACACCUUCCAUUCCCACAACCCAUCGAUGAACUGGCAGAGCCAAUCACAGUGUUAAACAUAGAGGCAUACUACACAGUGUCCUGUAGAUUCCAGGGGUGCAUAACUAAAACAACCUUUCCUAAGCUACACUACUAUGGGACAUUUGAGAUACAUACAGUAAUAGGAAUGUCAGAACAAAAAUCUAAACAAUACAAAAAGGAUGAAUACAAAUGUUUGUUCAGAUUUCACAGGAUAUUUAGAGGGCUCAGGUUGCUUACUCACCUGUGAUGGUUUCACUCAUAUUGAUGAUAUUCAGUGAUAAGAUCAAUUCAGACAACCCAACCUGUAUACUUCAAUUUAAAUGCUUCAUUCUACCUCUCAGCAACUAAAAAGUAAAACAAAUAAUAUGAAAGAACAUUAUUUGUUUUCUGACUAAAACAUGAACUUUGUCAUUGUAUGAAAGAAGCACUUCGUCAUGCUUUGUUUUGCGGUCCCUGCCCCAUUCUAUGGUACGACAUUUAGGCUUUUAAUGUUGUUCCCUUGUUUACAGUGUGUGCUUUACAAACUGUGUUCGCUUUACCCUCUCCCACAGAGAAAUAACCAGGAAGACUUAGAACUUGAUUUACUAAAUGUUUUUGUAUUCGUUUCUCCAUAGAGGACUUGUUGGGAAAGCAGGUCAGCCUAGUGAACUCUGAGGACCCUUCACCCUGACUAGCAGGUCUUCAAUCUGGGUGGAAGGCGUUAGAAAAAGGAAACACGCUGGUAUGAGAAUGCGCAUUGGCUGAUCUAAGGGCUUUAAUGGAAAUUGAGUAGACAAUUGAAUAUACAUUGUAGAUGUGUGUCUUCCUGGUUUAUAAACUUCUGCCCCACGACCCCUUUGAUAUCUUGUCAGAAUGUGGGAGCGCUGUGGGCCAACAAGCACUCACAGGGCUCUGUUCCAAUAUCCAUACUAGUGUACCACUUAGAAUGCAUGCCCAAUACAUGCUUCAUUCUAAGUAUGCUAGUGUGGAUAUUGGAACAGGGGAACAGAGUGUGUGCUAUUGAUUGUCUGAGGGCCUGUGAACAAGAGGAGUGCCCUCCUUUUAAACAACCAGCUCAUUGAGUAUCCAUGUGUCUCAUCAGAGGUAAUCGUGUGAAGUUACAGUUAUGUUGUGUAAAAAAAAUCAUAAAUUCAAUAAACACCUGUCAUCAACAACCCAUACGAGCUUGAUUCACACUAGUCACCUAAUGUUACUGUUAACCAAAACCUUUAUACUUAUUGAUCUAUUGUUGACAUUUUAUGUGUACUUUCAAGAGGUCCUAACCCAUCUAGCUAUAUUCACUCAUGUACUUACAUGUUGGAUUUUUUACUGUACCUUUUGCUAAUUUUCCCAAUGCUGGUGGGGGAUGAUAACCAACUGAACAAUGCUGCCUAAUUGAAAAACAAUGUUGAACAGUCCAAUUCAGAAGAAACAAUUUCUGUAAAAAAUCUUUCAAGGAUCUGUGUAGUAACUGAGUUUGUUUUUAAGUACAUUGCAUCAGAAUCCAGUUAAACAGGGAAGUCGUUACGUUAAUAGGAUUUAAAACAUAAAUCUGCGGAUGCAGGUAACACCAGGACUGAACUUACAGUAGCCAUGAUGCACAGGUCAUGCAUGAGAUGCUUUGUACUCCAUGAUUAUGCUGAACAGACACAAUGUUUUCCUGUGAUUCAGUGUUCAUUACUGUUCAAUGCCCUCUCAUACAAUGGAACUUUACUGUUCUUUAAACCCAGAGUUGAUUUCUGUUUCUCUUUCCAGGCAUUUUUGGGGCAGUUUAAUAUGUAUUACAGUAUAUGACAGCAUUCUUUCUUCCACUGUAUUAAGAACCAAAAACCUACAUUAUAAUGUCACCUGUAUCCUUGCUUUUCACUUCUUCAACUGACUUGUAUGAAUCCUCAGAAUCCAUAAGCAUAUUGAAUGUUGAUGUGCUGAAAGGUCUAAUGUCCAUAGCAAAACUAGAGGUGGGAAAAUUCUUUCAGACAAACAAAGAUGAUAUUUGGACAUUUGAUAUACUGUAUAGUACUUGUCCUUUUGUUGUGUGGACUAUAUAGUUAUUCUUUAGUAUUUGGUUAUUUACUUUUUAUGGUAUGCUAUUGUAUGUCAUGGUUCCCAUAUUCUUGUCAAUUAGCUCUCUCAUGAUGUGAUUAUGUGAACAUUGCCACAUUGUACUUGACUUGCUUUGUUGAACAAUAAUUUAUGCAGUUUCAACAUUAAACUUAUUAUACUAUGUAAUACACCAA